AAUCGCAGCCGCCCCUCGAGAAAGCGAGGUCCACUCCGCAGAAAAGACUACAUGCAUAUGGAAGAACACAUUGAAUCAGUGAAUCAGGGAAUGAAAUAAAAAGAGCAGGAGAGCGGAAUAAUGGAUUACGGAGGAAAGAAACUGCUGCUCACUACAUAUUCCGGCGCUGUCCCGGCAGUGCCGGGGAGCUGAAGUAGCGCGACUCUGGGCCUCCCGGCGCCCCACCCUGCGGCCCACAGGCCCCACCCCUAUGCGGCCCGGCUUCCUCAUCCUUUGUGACAUCAUGGUCCCAGCCUUCAGGAAAACAGUUGCCAUGCCGACGUAAACCGAAGGCCCGGGCGCGCAGAGCUGGGAACCGCGGCCCUGAAGCUUCGGAGAGAGCCGGGGAGCGUGGGGCCGGUUGGAACCUCCUUUAGCCGAGAUCAAGUAUUGCAGCAAGCCCUUGUUCUUCUGCCAGGAUGUCCAAGGUCCUGUCUACUAUGGUCUGCAAGGACAUGACUUGCAACAAGAACACCCUGGAAAACACAGACAACGGUUCUUUUUCAAUCACUGAAGAAAAAAAGAAACAUGGGAAAAAAGGCAAAGUGUCUGUGAUUGUUCCUGACUGUUCAGCUAAUCCUUUUCACAUGUCUGAGGAUGUGGAUUUCUUCUUGCUCAGAGAUCAGGAGCGGAAUAAGUCUCGCUCAGAGCGGGAGCAGAAGAAGACGCUGCGGGUGCAUGAGAAAAUGACAUACUCAUCCAAAGUGUCAGCCAAGCACACCAGCCUGCGACGUGAGCUGCAGCUGGAGGAAGAGAUAGAGGAUCAGGAGGCGCGUGCUGAGGCCGAGCAACUGCGCGCCUUCCACGACAACACGGCCUGGAAGCUUUCCAUGACAAAAGAAAAGAAAGGGGAAUCUGAUAACAUAAACAAGUACAUCAACCAGAAGCGGCAAAUGUUCCUCAUCCAGUAUGCCCUGGAUAUGAAGCGGAGCGAGAUCCAGCGACUGGAGAUGCUGGCAACUAAGGAGGAGGCAGAGCUGGAGCGGGCCGAGAAGACCCUAGAGAAGGACUCGGCCCUGUUUGAUGAGUUCCUCAGGGAGAAUGACCGCAGCUCCGUGCAGGCCUUGAGAGCGGCAGAGAAGGAGACCAAAUCGAAGAUGGAGAAGAUCACUGAGAUUCGGGAUCUGACCACCCAGAUCAUGAACAUCAAAAGCGAAAUCUCCAAAUUUGAAGAUACUCUGCAGCAUUACAAGAUCUUCAAGGAUUUCCUGUACAAGCUAUCACCCAAGGAGUGGUUGGAAGAACAAGAGAAGAAGCACUUGGCUCUCAAAAAGGUCGUCAAGUCUCCCAAAGAGAAUACUCUGUUCUCCACACAAGGGAAUAAAGGACCAGGGAUCAAGGGCAAGAUGGGUUUCAGAGAGGGCCAGGGCCCAAGGAAGCCCGGGAAAGUGCUGCAGAUGAUACAGGGGGGGCAGAUCCUGGCUACUACCGUUGGCUUCCAGAAGGACCGCCAGCCUAGCGUGAGUGGCGGGCUGGACCCCAAAGGGUCAAGCUCUGCCCAUCCCACGCAGAAGGACCCAGACAGUGAUAGGGAGGAGUUGGAGCUGUACUUCACAGAGCCCCAGCAGCUCCUAGAUAUCUUCACGAAGCUGGAGGAGCAGAACCUCUCACUGAUCCAGAACACGCAGGAAAUGGAGGAGACCUUGGAGGAGCUGAGCUUCACUCUGAAAAACACCCAAAUCCGCAUGGACAGGGAGGUCAACCAGCUGAAGCAGUGGAUCACCACAUUGAUGAUGUCCAUCGCCAAAGAGGAGGAGAUGGCUGCUGAGCUGCAGCUCAAAGCCCGAGUCUUCCAUUUCGGCCAGUACAAGGGUGCUCAGGAGGACAAGGUGCUGGAGAGCCUGAACCACAAGGUGCUGGAUGUGUACCGGCACUGUGUUGGCACCCAGCAGGAGUCCAACCUGGGCACUGUGCAGAUGCUGACCAUUAUCGAGCAGCAGUUGGAUGACCUGCUCGAGAACCUGGAGCGUGUGCCCCAGAUCAAGGUUGAGCAGGCAGAGAAAGCGAAAGAGAAGGAGCGGCGCCAGAGGCCCAGUGGGGUGGAGCCCGGUAUUUCCCAUCUGUGUUUCCAAGUGUUUACCCUGCCACCACCCCUCACACAUCUAAAGGCUGGCACCCCAGGGCACAGGCUUUUGUGCUGGAAAGACUCAUUCCUGAGACAGCUCAACAACUUCAGCCCUCAGUCUGUGGUUGACCAAGAGUGCCCAGAGGCUGAGACAGUCCAUAGGGCCCCACAGCCCCAGCUCCCGAGCCUCCUGGCAUGCUGGGGGUACAAGUAUGACCUCUCAGCAUCUAAGUGGCACCACUGGUGCACUGAGGCCACAGGCAGAGGCUCACUGAGUCCACUUCCUCUGCAGAAAGGCAGAAGGUUGGUGUGUCGCUCCCGGCCCCCGGCCAUGAAAACCAAGGAGGAGCCUGAGUAUGAGCUGCUAGACAAAGACAAGGAGGAGCAGUUGUUCUUCUUCACCUAACUGCAGCCACUGGUCUGGCUAACUUUACAGGAAAGAGGUGCAGCAGGAAGCAGACAAGGCUACGUCAGGGCCUGGAUGUAGCCAUCGCUGUACCCCUCAUGGUCUCCUGCUGUAUGUUUCCUUACUCAUGAGAAAUAAACUCCCUGACUCUUUGGUGUCCAAGGCCUGUUUAAGGAGGUAGACCCUGUUUCCAAAUGCAAGCACCCUCUUUAAUCAUUUAACCCUAAGCAAAUGCUUGAGGGAAGGAGUCCGUCUUGGCUGCCAUCUAAAAGGACUGCCUUGAGACAAAAGUCAAUUCCACUCUGGG